CACAACUUAUACAAGUGUCUUACAUCUUAUUGCAUUUUAUCUACUAGUAAUUCGGUAGAAGUGUAAACCAGAACUAAUAGAGUAUACAAAUUUUGAAUAUUUUAUAUCGUCAAUUAGCGGGAAAUUCCAUCAACAUCCAACAUCAACCCCCCCCUCCUCCCCAUACAUACUUGCAUAGAUAAAUAAGAAUUAAUUAGUAUUAGUAUUAGUAUUAGUAAGAUGUCGAAAUCUUUUGUACGUUCUAUAAAGAAUGUAGCCAAUGGGUAUACUUCAGCACAAGUUUUAGUUAGAAAAGCUACAUCAAAUGAUCCAAGUGGUCCAGUAACUUUUGAUAUGGAAGAAAUAUCACAUUAUACUUUCCAAUCACAAACUGAUUUUCUUGAAGUAAUGGAUAUGUUAGAUAGAAGACUUAAUGAUAAGGGGAAAAAUUGGCGUCAUGUAGCUAAAUCUUUAACUGUAUUAGAUUAUUUAGUUAGAUAUGGAUCUGAAAAAUGUGUACUUUGGGCCAAAGAUAAUAUUUAUAUUAUUAAAACUUUAAGAGAAUUUAUUCAUUUAGAUGAAAUGAAUAAUGAUCAAGGAGCUAUAAUUAGAGUUAAAGCUAAAGAAUUAGUUUCAUUAUUAAAUGAUGAUGAAAGAUUAAGACAAGAACGAGCUUCAGCUAAUAAACGGAAUGGAUCAUCAAAUGAUGGAAAUGGAAAUGAUGGAGGUAGAAGAAGAAGAAAUACCAGAAAUAGACAACCAAAUGAUCCUUAUGAUGAAGAUUUACAAAGAGCUCUUGAAUUAUCUAAAAUAACUGCUGAUGAAGAAAGACAUCGUGAACAAGAAGAAUCAGAUGAUCCUGAUUUACAAGCAGCCCUUAAAUUAUCAUUAGAAGAAGAAGAAAUGAGAAAGAAUAAACAAGAACUGAAUUUAUUAGAUUUAAAUGAUGAACAACCUCAACAACAAUACUAUUUGACGACGGGUUAUUAUCAACAACCUCAACAAUAUUAUGUAGAUCCUCAAUAUCAACAACAAUAUGAUAUGUUUGGUAAUCCAAUUCAAAAUCCAAAUAUUACAGGUUAUUAUCAACAAGCUUAUUAUCAACAACCUCAAUAUCAACUGCAACAACCAAAUCAAUUCACGGGAUUUAAUUUUGCUCAACCUCAACAACAAGAAUCUUUACAACCUUUGAAAACAGGUUCAAAUAAUCCAUUUGCUAUAUCAAGUCAAGCUGCUAAACCUCAAACUCAAACUUUAAAUGAUUUAGCUCAACAACUGCAACAACUGCAACAACCUCAAUUCUUUACUCAACCACCUCAACCUCAACCACCUCAAACUCAACAACAACCUUCUAGAGCUCAAACAAUGUCUAAAUUCAGUGAUUCUACUCAUUCAGAAUUAAAUGACUUGUUAGCUCAAGGUACUGGUUUAGAUACUUUUGGUAAUACUGGAGCCACCAGAAUUCCUCAUCAACAUACAAAAACUGAAAACUUUAUUAGUUCAAGUGGUACAGGUGUAAAACUGUAUUCUACUCAACAAAGAUUAACUACCAAUGCUACUGGGAAUCCAUUCUUGAAUACCGUUCCAACCUCAACAAUUCCAACCAGCUUAUACUGGUUAUGGGUUUGGAAAUGCUCAACCCCAACAACAGCAACAACAAAGAUACGCUAG